CACUUGAAAAAUUACCAACCACUGACCCACCGAUCACCAAAAGGGUUUAUAGUGCAGUACAUAACAAUCGAAAUGUCUGAAAGUAAACCAUUGAGUGCCGAAGAGAAGAAGAGACUUCUUCGUGAAAGGAGAGCUGCCAAGAUGGCAGGUGGUAAGGCUACCAAUAGACUUAAUACCAUAUUAACUCAAGGUUCAUCUGUCAAGUCUUCUCUGGUAACUUCAGUAUUGGAUAAAGAAGAUUCACCUUCUCCAUCACCUUCUGGAACUACUGGAACCACAGUUGGUUCUGAUGACUUACCAACGGCUACUACAACUGCAUUGGAUAUUCAUAAUAAUCAUGAUGAUGAUCCUGAUAUUCAAGAUAUUUCUGCAUUUUCAUCUCCAAGUCCUGAUCCGGAAAAGUUAUUAAACUCAACACAGGAUAUUGAUGAUAUGUUCACUAAGAUAUUUUCGGGUGCUGAUGGUGCAACUGGACCAGGUGAAGAUCAAUUUGCUCAAAUGAUGAAGAUGUUUGGUCAAGCUGGUGCUGGUGCUAGUGCUGGUGCUGGUGCUGAUGGACCCAGUCCUGAAGAUUUCUUUGCUGGUACUCCAGUACAAAAUGAAGAAGAACAUCAAUAUCAAAGAGAAGUAGCAGCAUAUAAUCUUUAUUAUCAUAAACAAUGGAAGUUUAGAUUUUUAAUUAUCAGAUUCUCCUUUAUCUUAAUUAAUUUCUUUUAUCAUUUCUUAACUAUCCCAACGUUUAAGGCAUCAUCAUAUUCAUAUAUUAGAGAUAUAUCUUAUGAUACAACUACAACUACAAGUUUUAUAGUUUGGUUUACUACUGGUGAAUUAAUAACUAUUGCUACUUACUUCUUAAUAAGUAUGAAAUAUGAUUUAUUUAAAACUACAACUGAAAAUAGUAUAUUUAUAAAAAUUCUUUCAUUUGGUUCACUGUUUUUACCUCAAUUACAACAAUAUCGUCCAUUAGUAGUUAGAUGUUUAUCUUAUUAUGAAUUACUUGGUAUAUUUCUUGCUGAUUUAUCAUUAGUAGUCGUUCUAUUUGGUUUAUUGAGUAUUUCGUAAUGAAAAGAAUAUAUAUAUAUAUG